UCCCGCGCGUCCAGGCACCGCGAACGCCAGUCGCGCACUCCUACAACUUUGCAUUUAUCACUGUCGUGCCGUUUAUUUGUAUUUCAUUUUUCAUGAUAAACAACCAUAAUAAUCAGUGCCACUCGGUCGCUUGACGUGAGCUGACGUAACGUCACGGUCCGCGGUCCACGAUUCCGUAGAUCCUAAAAAUCGCCGGCAAAGCCGAUACGCGUUAGUGAUACAAAUGUUUAUAUACCAGUAACAUAGUAGCGUUUGUGAUUAGCAUUAAACAAACGUAAAGUGACACCAAAAGUGACAUCAAAAGUGAUACCAAAAGUGAGUGUAAACCAAACAGUAUUAAUGAAAAGUGAUAUUUUACAAAACCAAGUGUAUUAACCACAAUGUGUUCACGAACAAGGGGUCACACCUAGUACAAUAUGUCAGUGAGGUGACGUCAGGUGAGCCUUAAGGCUGUAGUGUAAGGCAACAAACAUUCCCCUGUUAAAAAUCCUGAGCCAGGGCCCGGCGGAGACGUGCAAGGAUAUCUGCAAGAUGACCAAGGGCCCUCGCAAAGUGAAGCUAGUCAUUGUAGUCAACAAUAAGAAAGACCCUCCCACGUUCAAGACGCUGACUCCAACGUCGCGCACGCAGCUCAAACAGCAGUUGAUGCGAGAGCAUGCGCAGGAGCAGCUACGCAGAGAAUCAUUACAGGCGCAGCAAGUCGGCCAAUCCAAAGACAAUGAAGACAAACACAGAUCGAGUCCCACAGACGUACCGCGGAUCACGCCGCAUGUCGAACUACCCCCGCAGGUUUUACAGGUACGAACAGUUCUGGAGAAUCCCACCCGGUAUCACGUGAUCCAGAAACAGAAGAGCCAGGUGCGACAGUUUCUCAGCGAGUCAUUCACGCCGCAACCGCAGGUAGGCUCAGUCCGAGGCGCGCCAGUUCAGAGCGCACCAGAGCUGGGCAACCGAGCGCCGUCCCCUGACAGGGGCUCCUCCUCCAGCCUCCUUAGCCCUGGGCUGUGUUCAGCGGGAGCUAAUUCCGAAGCAGAUGAGUUCCUAGAAGACAUCCUGUCCUUAGACAGCGGGGCUGGACCCCUGUCUUCAUCCGAGCCUGCAUCCGCCGCCAGUUCCGUGGCUGGAGAUUGCGGCUUGCUGUCUGAUGCUGACAUGCACGCCUUGGCCAAGGAUCGGCAGAAGAAGGACAACCACAACAUGAUUGAACGCCGACGCCGAUUCAACAUCAACGAUCGAAUAAAGGAACUCGGCACCCUCCUGCCCAAGACCAAUGACCCCUUCUACGAGGUGAUACGAGACGUGCGCCCCAACAAGGGUACGAUCCUCAAGAGCAGCGUGGACUACAUCAAGUGCCUGCGCGACGAGGUCAACCGCCUUAAGCAUAGUGAGCAGCGACGUAAGCAGAUCGAACUACAUAACCGAAAACUGACCUUGAGGAUACAGGAACUAGAAAGGCUGGCGCGAUUGCACGGUCUUCCCGUUUCUACAGACGGUUGGUCGUCACCGCACCACUCCGACUCAGGAGUGGACACCACCCCCUCGGAGAACUACUCCGAACCCCCAAAAUCUCUACCGGAGGUGGUUCUCCCGAAGUCGGAGCCAGCGCCGCUGAUGGAGUUAGGGGAACCCCCACCGGACCUGCUCCGGGACACCCCGUCCGGUGAGGCACUUUCAGCUUUGGACGCCCUCGAUGGUCUCAAACUGGGCUCGUGUUCGCCGCUAAGUCGCGAAGAGGGGCUGUCACUGGGCUGCCUGGAACCGGAUCUCUGCCUCGAACCUGUGACCGAUCAUCUCUUUAACCACAAAGAUAUGAAGCAAAUGAGGCUAUCACCUACUCCAGGGAUGCUCGGAAGUGACGAAAAUGAUGCUGUUUUAAAUCUCGCACAGAUAGAAGACCUUAUGGAUGACGAUUCGCAUAAUCCUGUCACAUCAGGGGACCCCAUGCUAUGCUCGUCGCCCACCUCGCACCUAGGUCUCAGUGCGGCGGUGGCCGAGGCGGCGGACCAGUCGUGCGCCGCCAUGCUUCACAUAGACCUAUCCUCGCACGCACCAGGUUCAUCACUAAUGUCAGAAGGCGGCAUGUCCCUUGGCCUAGGAGGUUUAGGAGGUCUAGGAGGAUUAGGGGAGAGUCUGCCUUUACUACUAGGAGCUACUCACGCACCGCAUUCGCCGCACGCACACCCUAGGCCUUGCUUCGACAUGGACCUAGGCGCUUAGCGACUCAGUAACCUUAGUAUACACCUUAGUAUAAAAUUGUCUAAGUAAAAUGGAUCUUAUUACCAUAGAUUUAGAGUCGCAAAUUCUGUUACUGAUUUUUAUUUUUACAAACGUUACAUUAAGAAGUUGAUUGCUAUAGCAAUGUAAAUGAAUUUGAGUUUUAAAUCAAGGUGAUAUGUUUCAAUUCACUCUGGCAUGCUUGCGGUUAAAAAUCUUAUACUAGGGUACUAAGUGAUCGGACUUAACGAGGCAAGUAUAGCGUUUUCCGUAUGAACGGAAUCCAUAUUGCCUUUAUUAUUUUGAACUCAUUAAAAAUUCGCGACGCAUAAUAUUGCGCGAUCAAUGUAAUGGUAGAAACAUAUUGGGAACACCCCACGUCACUCUGACGCCACGCGUAUCGACUCUCAAUAAGUAUUGUCAUCAACAGCCAAUGGUGAACAUACCUCCUUAAAUUGGUAGCUACCCGUGCACCCACCGGCUUCUCCCAACAGUGGGUGCAAGGGAAAUUCGUAUUUACCCUUACACCCACUUGAAGAGAGUGAUACAGAAAACAAAUGCUUCAAUGCGGAUUGGCGGUAAGGUUAUAAACUCAUAAUCGCAGGUAUCGUAAGUCUGGCGUGAUGAUAAAUAGAGAUUGCUAAAGAUUGAAAGGUGAAUACUAUACUUCCAAUCAUAAUAAUUUAUAAUAAUAUAAUGAUAUUGAUAAUGAGUACGAGUCGAGUGGCAGCCCGAAGUUCACGAAUUUUUAGCCACGAGCCUUGUCGUUUGCGUAAAUUGCUGACGGUGCAGUGUUCAAACUGCUUGAUGUGCUUUAAGAUAUACGAAGGUAAACCACCAACCAAUAACCACUAAAGUCAAUUUUGUAACUAGUUACCAACUUGAGUUAACGAUGCUUAACCAACGGAAACGAUUCGCAUAGUCUUAACUCGUUCGCACCAGCCUCAAAUAUUAUAUAGUGUUAAACACUAAAACUAAUAUGGACCCUAAAUGUCGGCUAGCAUUGGUAGCUAACACUUAUCACGUAUUGUGGGUGUUUUCAGAACACCCCACGCGUCCAUAUUUCGGAAAUUUGUGGGGUGUUGCUGCGUACGUGUGUUUCUUCCAUUAUUCGCUAUGAAACUAAAAUCUAUGUCAAAAAAGUUUAUAGUUAUUAUACAAUCCAGGUAUCAUAACGUCUCGUUAACAACUUUUUCUUGACGUGCAUAUAAUAUGCGGUUGGACAUUACUACACUAGUGAGUAGUAUAUUAUUAUUAACUUAAUGCGUCUAUCUUCACAGUAAUUGCCAUUCAGUCUUAAAUUAGAGAUGAGGUAUCUAUGGUACAGAGUAUUGCAACACAUAGAUAAGAGAUCGCGUAUCUACAGUACAGAGUAAAAAAGUCCCGAUAACUCUACAGGAACAAUCAUUUAACGAAAAUGCCUUUAAUUUAAAACUGCAUAAAGAAAUGCAUUCAGAAUGAAUACAUUUUAAUUGAGUAAAAGCCUUAUGCAAACAUAAUAAACUUCAUUAUACAAUUUAGCACAUGAAUUAAUUUUAAUUUUUUGAACUCCUAAGAAUUUAUCGAAUAGGUAAUUCUUUUUUUAUGUAGUCUAUGUAGGCCGUUACAAAUAGAUUCCAGCUUGUUUUAGAUAUAUUGCGGCCUGCAUUCUAUACAAAAUUCAAUUAACAGUUCCAACGCAUACAUUCUGCGGUAAAAAAUGGAGUGCUAAAAUAUUUAUAUUGCAUUGAAAAAAAAAAUCUUAUGAUUUAUUAACAUACAAUUAACAUACGAUUAUUAGUAGAAUAUGUAAGCAGAGUAUGUGAUAAUUUAUAUCAUAAAACUGAUGCCAUAGUUACAAAGAAGUUACAAAUAAGUUUAUUGGGCGCCUCAAAUUUAGUGACGUGAACAUUUUUUUAUCGUGAUAAAUCAGUUACCAAUCCACAGCAAUUUCGUAAUGCAUAUCGAUUUAUAGUAGGUAAUAAUACGAAUCUGGCACAUCGAAAAGAAGAUUUUCUGGUUUAAAAUUGUUUGCGACCAUUUCACCAAAAAUGAUUCACAUCAAAGUUUCACCGGGUGUUUUCACCGGAGCUAUACAUUUCAUUAUAUAAGGAUUACAUUAACUGCCUUUUUCGUGCCAUUUGUUAGGCUGUAAAGUAUUUCCUGUACUUUAAUAAAAACCUGUCUGGAACUUUAUGCUUCUAUACCCAUUGUUUUAGGUUGUGUAUUAUAUAUACUUCUGUCAAUGUUAGAGUUUUACUACAUAUAUUUACACACUCGUGGUCUUCAUGAUUCUGUGAUGAUGGUAUAAGAUUUGAUGGCCGACUGGCGCAGUGGGUGGUGACCCUGCUUUUUGAGUCCAAGGCCGUGGG